AUGUCUGCCCCAGUCCCCACCGGCGAGGAGUAUCUCGCACAGCCAGAGAUCCAAGCCGUGCUGGAAAAGCGCCCCGAGAUCAAGGCCUUCCUCGAUAAGCAUCCAUUCGUUGUCCUCGGCCGCGCCGCCUACGAGGCUCAUUCCAAGACCUUCACCGAGCUCAAGGACAACGAGGUCUUUGAGUACGAGAGCGCCGAUCCCGACCUCCAAAACAAGCGCCUCUUUGCCGCGGCUGCCAUCAACGAUGAGUACCUGGAGAAGCGCUUCCAAGCCAGCGCCAGGGGCCCUGCCGACGGGAACCAGUACGAUGACCUUGACGGAUGCCUCCUCGAGGUGCUGGUAAUCCACGUAGUCCGCGCUGCCGCGAUGGGCGCCAUUCGCCAACCCCGCGUCCGGACAGCGACGUGGCGAUACUUGGAGCGCAGCAUCUCUAGCAGCCCCGACGCCACAUCGGUUCCAGACCCGCCCCCAAGGCGGUACGAGAUGUGAUCCUGUCGAAUGCUUCAUUCUUCAGCCUUCCCCCAUUUGAAGAAGACACCGUCAGCAAUCAGUGGUAUGAAUACGGCGCGAAGUUGCAUUUAGAAGCCUUAAGAAUGUCAGUUUCACCAGCAUCUCUCCCGGGCAUCCAGUCAGUAUUUCCAAAAUCUAUCCUCUUGACACUGGACGUCGAAAAUAAAUUUCCGG